GGUGAAACUACAUUUCCCAUAUCGGGGACAGGAAGGCCAAUGCACACGUGGUCGUUUUGGUGACGUCAGACGCAUGGCCGUGCUUCUGUGAGCUCCCUCACAGUCGCCUGCUGUCAUCAAAUCCGAGUGGAGCGGUCGCACCGAUGUGGUAAUAUAUGAGUGACAGCUUACUUGGCCAUAGCAAGAAUAAACAUGUUUGUUGUGUUCCCCAGUGCACCGGUUGUUGCCAAGUGAUAGAUAGGCAGGCCACAAUGAACGCGAUAGAAUAGGUUAGUUAGUAGCUGGCGACGCGGCGUCAACACGAAGGCCUUUGUAGCUUGCUUAGCUAGCGGCCGUUCCUGCUGCUCGUGAUUUUCAUUUUUUUAUGUAUAGCUGUAAAUAAAAAUAAUCAGUUGUAGCAACACGGCCUCUAAACGAUAUCAUCCUAUUCUCGAUAAUGGCGGACGAAGAUGCGGUGGUCUUGCAGCAGAAUCUGGACAGGAGCUGCUGGGUAUGCUUCGCUACAGACGAGGAUGACCGCACAGCAGAGUGGGUGCGUCCAUGUCGCUGCCGGGGCUCAACUAAAUGGGUCCACCAGGCCUGCCUUCAGCGCUGGGUGGAUGAGAAGCAGCGUGGCAACAGCACGGCCCGCGUAGCCUGUCCACAGUGCAAUGCGGAAUAUCUCAUUGUCUUUCCUAAACUGGGCCCUGUGGUCUACAUUUUGGACCUGGCCGAUCGACUCAUCUCGAAAGCCGGACCCUUCGCUGCGGCUGGCAUCAUGGUGGGGUCCAUAUAUUGGACUGCUGUCACGUACGGUGCCGUCACAGUCAUGCAGGUGGUGGGCCACAAGGAGGGCCUAGAUGUUAUGGAGAGGGCUGACCCUCUUUUCCUUCUCAUCGGCCUGCCCACCAUCCCCGUCAUGUUGAUCCUCGGCAAGAUGAUCCGCUGGGAGGAUUACGUCCUGCGCCUGUGGAGGAAGUACUCAAACAAGCUGCAGAUCCUCAACAAUAUAUUUCCCGGGAUUGGCUGCCCAGUCCCUCGCAUCCCGGCCGAGGCCAGCCCCUUGGCCGAUCACGUCUCCGCCACUCGGAUCCUGUGCGGCGCGCUUGUGUUCCCCACAAUUGCCACCAUCGUGGGCAAGCUUAUGUUCAGCAGCGUUAACUCCAACCUGCAGAGGACCAUCCUGGGGGGAAUUGCCUUUGUGGCCAUCAAGGGGGCGUUCAAAGUGUACUUCAAACAGCAGCAGUACAUGAGGCAAGCCCACCGCAAGAUCCUCAAUUUCCCUGAGCAGGAGGAAGUCUGAGGACUUAAGCAAAUGUAGACCAACGGUGGCCGACAUGGCAGUCACAGCGUUGGAAUCCCGCCAUUUGGUUUUAAACCUCCGAUACUUCACUGCUGAAAAUGGACAACACAAACAUCCACUCCAGAGAAUGUGUGCAAGCAUACCUACAGCGGCAAGGACUCUAAUACUUCAAUUGUAUUUUAAGGAGAAGAAAUGUAAGGCAUGUCUAAGUAGGUUUUAUAAUAAUAAAUUGUUUUAAAACAUUUACUGGAAAAGUCCCCUUGA